GACACAGCGUGUGUUUUGCUGGGCAGCGCCCAUCGAUGGCAUGUCGAAUAGCAGCAAUAACUCGGCGUCAAUGGAGCUUUGACAAGGCCCCUCCCGGUAGAGGGGGUUGUUUGGCAAGGAUGAAUCGUGGCAUCCUCACGCCACCGUCGUUUCUCAGUAUUUUGAUUGGCGUGGACUUGAGUAGUGUUGGUGUUUCCUAGCGAUAAUGCAUGGAACACAAAGCUUGAGAUCAUUUUGAGGACAAGGAAUUAGUCUAGAUGCUGUAAGUGGGAAGAAAUGGAAGAAAGGAAAAUCAAGAGGAGGAGCCCCAAAUCAUCUACCAGUCACCCUGCUCAGGUUACUAACUCCAAGAAAAACUCGGUGCCAGUCAGUAAAAGUACAGCCUUUUCAAAUCCUGCGCCACAGCCUGCAGUACAAAAACCAAAGUUAAAACGUGUGAUAAAAGAGAAAGCCAAACCUCCAGGAGGUGAAGCAAAAGGGGCACAGGCAGCACCAAUCCAGCAUUCUUUUCUCACAGAUGUAUCAGACGUCCAGGAAAUGGAAAGGGGACUCUUGAGUCUCCUGAAUGACUUCCACUCCGGCAAACUUCAAGCAUUUGGAAAUGAAUGUUCCAUAGAGCAGAUGGAGCAUGUGCGGAGUAUGCAGGAGAAACUUGCUCGCCUCAAUCUGGAGCUCUAUGGGGAGCUGGAAGAACUCCCUGAAGAUAAAAGAAAACUAGCCAGUGACUCCAACCUGGAUAGGCUGCUAUCAGAUUUAGAAGAACUGAAUUCAUCUAUCCAAAAACUACAUUUAGCAGAUGCUCAAGAUAUUCCGAAUAGUGCCACGGGCUGAAAGAACAGCUUUGUCAAUUUGGAUUCUGCCAGCUUUUCUUUUGUUUUUCCCGACAGUGGAAUCUGGAACCGUUGUUGGUUUUGGUUUGGUUUUUCUUUUUAAUUUUACAAAAUGAAGAAUCAGAGUGCAAAUCCAGGUGUUUUUCUGCACAUUCCUCUCCGAGCACUUCAUUAUGUCAGGACUCAGUAUCCAGAGUUUUAAGUAGGUUGUUGUGACGCUAUGCUUUUUACUAUUGCCUUAUUUAAGUGAAAAAUUGGGGAAAUGUGGAAGUGCAUUUCUUCUGCUCAGUGCUGUUCAUAUGGUUGAAAAUUAUGUAUGUAUAUAAGUUCAUUAGAAUUCCUCCAAUUUUUAUGAAGGUAGCGAUGAUGUUGGCUUUUGAUCAGCAUGUAGACAAUCUGCACGCUACAUCUUUAGUGUUUUGUUGAUCAAUGAUGCCACAGAUUAAUUUAUUGUUAAUAAAGUAAACCAUAUAUAAAAUGUUUUAUUUAGAGAAGCUGCUGUCUCUGCAGCUCUAUUAGGGUAAGAGUUCCUGCAGAGUUUACUUUCUUUCAUUACUGUGAAUAACUAUAAAAUGUCACUGAAUUAGAACUAGCAUGCAUGCUAGCAGUCCACAUAAUUUGAAGUAUUGUGAAAUUCCAAAAUUGGGUCAAGUUACUGUUCAAUAAAUCCAGUAGAUGCAAUUUUAUACUCAUUCCUAUGUUACAAAUAGUCUGGUGUUAACUGGUAUAAUCUUUGUGUUCACAGGCAGAGGGGAAAAAAUAAUCUGUAUUGGUAUAAAAUCAGGCUGGCUUUAGAUCCAAGAUUUCUGUCCCGGUCCAUUGUACUAUGCCUUUGGUUCUAGAUUUGUUAUGUUCAGAUUUUAGGUAAUACAUUCAGAUUCUGUAUUGCAUAUACUUGCUGCACAAGGAGUGAAGUCUCUGUCCUUCUACUUGAGAGCAAAGUUUUCAUCAGCCCAGAGUGGGUGUGUGGCCAGGGAGCAGAAGAUGCCUGUUUGGUGUCUUUGGAGAAGAUGCUGCUUUGGCCUCAAGACGUAGCUGUGGAUUCCAUUAGCUCCAGCUCCUUUCGGAAUCACAUGCAGGGCCAAGUCUGCGUGCUGCAGCUGGGGACAGAGGGAUUGCUGAAACACCACAGGGUGCUCUGGCUACAAGUUGAGCUUCAACCACCCUUAUUCCAUGCCUCACCUAUCAGGCACAUAACUAUGAUGAAUGAAGCAGUAGGGAUCCCACUUGGGCUUUUCCUUUAGGAAGUUCUUGUUCUUUACGUGAGUUGUCUCAUUCAUUCCUGAGGUUCUCCAAGAGUUUUGCAUGCUGCUUGGUGCAUACCUGUGAUGGUGUGAAAUCCAGUCAGCUUAGGAGAAUUAGAACACAACAUGCUCCUCACAAAACGAAGUCCAGGUUUUUUUUUUUCCCCCCCACUCUUAACCAAUACUCGGGCAAUUAUCCCUUUCUGCACAGUAACUUUUCCCUGUUGGCACUGUGGACUUGUUUCUGUGCAGGCUUCUGACCAUCCAGCAUGAGAGCAGUGUGAUUCAACCCCAUGCCUUGAGGUGUGGUGCUGAUUAUGGUGGCAAAAGUCAAUAGCAGAGCUGCAUUUACACAAGUAAGAAUGACAUUGUAGCAGCUCAUUUGGAUUUGGGAGCAGAGCUCUCCCCUCACCAGCAACUUGCCACAGUGCAGUAUAUUGCAGAACUGUAAUGCAUACUGGUCCCAAAACACUCUUAACCAGUAGUUCUCAUCAUUUAAGCUAUUCUACAAUAAAGAGAAUUCUUCUUCCUUUUGGGUCUCUCAUCUAACUCUGCUUAGGCUUAUGACUUCAAACACAUUUCCAGUAACUGAUGUGUUGUCUGUUGGAUGCCUUGAUCUCUAAAUUUCUGUAGCAAUUCAUGCAAGUACAUCUUGCAUAGAUAUAAUUUGAGAUAGGGACAUAAAUACCUUUCUCAAGCAGCUGUUUAGAGUUAUACAAGAAAUCACACCUUUUUCUUCAAUGAACUUAAGCCCACAGGCAAUCGCAACUUGGGAAGAAUGCAUUAAUUGCAAAUAAUUACAGAAUUAAAAUUAUCUUAUCUCUUCCUGGAUACAUGUUUGCAUCUUUUACACAGCCUGUUAAUGAUGAUGCUUGUUAUCUUUUGGCUUCAUACAAGAAAAUUUUGUAGCAAGGUCUUUGAGAGACUGAGCUGCUCUGAGGGUGGUAAAUAAGCUAAUCGCAUUCCUAGGUCUGGCAGGAAAAGAAAAAAUCAACUAACAUUUGUGGACAGUCUUUUGUAAUUAUAAAAGUACAUAAGCAGCUGCAUGAAAUGAGGUCCUUUUCUGUUAUCUUGU